GCGGAGAAGACAAUUGAGAAAGGCCGUGCCCAGUACAAGGAUAAGCCAUUCACUCUCAAAACAACAAUGGGCUACUACACCAUACUAUCGCCCGAACUCGGCCACGCGCUACGCAACGAGCCAGGCCUCAACUUCAUGCAUACUUCCUCGGCCAAUAUGCAUUCCUACCUGCCGGGUUUCGAGCCUUUCAAGGCCGGCGACAGAAACGAAGCCAUCCUACAGAGUGUAAUCCGCAAGCAGCUGACGAAAUCACUCUCCCACAUCGCAAAGCCCCUGUCCGCCGAGGCUCGCUUGGCAAUCGAUCAUAACUUUGGCUCAUCAACCGCUUGGCGUUCUGUCCAGCCCUACCCUGGAUUUCUCGACAUUGUCGCCCGCCUUUCGUCGCUCAUAUUCCUUGGUAAGGAGCUGUGCCGAAAUGAUGAAUGGCUUGGCAUCACAAAGCUAUAUACUAUCAAUAGUAUCGAGGCUGCACAGGAGCUCAGUAGAUACCCCGUGUGGACGCGCCGUUUUGUCAACGCGUGGUUACUGCCCAAGGGGCGUCUUGUCCGCCAGCAGGUCGCCAACGCCAACAGGCUUAUCAACCGUGUGAUUGAGGAACGGAAGGAGCGUCAGCGUGGCGGCAAGGCAGAUGCCCAGUACGUCCCGAACGCUAUCGACUGGUUCGAGGAGGAGAGCGCGGGCAUGCCCUAUGAACCGGGUCGAUUGCAGCUCAUGCUGUCUACCGUGGCUACCCACACGACUGCAGACCUACUCACGGAGACCAUGCUCCGCCUAGCCCAGGAACCUGAGUUUAUGGAGGAGCUUAGGGACGAGAUCAAUUCCGUCUUGCUAGUCGGGGGUGCCUGGACAAAGAAUGCCCUGUCCAACCUCAAGCUGCUAGACAGUGCUCUCAAGGAGGCGCAGAGGCUACGCCCAAUCACGAGUGCCACUAUGUCCCGCAUGGUCUUGGCCCCGACACCGAUUCCCGGCACUGACCGUAUCCUCCCUGUAGGCGCCCAGACUCUUGUUUCGUCGCACCUUCGCUUCGAUCCAGACGUUUACGAGCAACCUCAUAAGUAUAUCGGCCGUCGCUUUGCCGAUAUGCGGGCGAACGGGGAGACCACACUCCCCGUCCACCUCGUCUCAACGGGCGUUACGUCCCUCUCUUUUGGCCACGGCAACCACGCCUGUCCAGGUCGGUUCUUUGCAGCUACUGAGCUCAAGAUCGCCUUAUGCCACCUCCUCAUCAAGUAUGACUGGGAAGUU